GCGUGGCGGUCGGGGCUGGGAUUCGUGUAAUGCUGCUGCUGGGUAGAAGAAGAAGAAGAGUCAAACCUUUUCCAGAACAGGGGAAAUUAAAUUCCCCUUCCUCCCUAUCCUUAUCUUCUUUGCCGCUCUGAUUUCUGUUCGAGAUCGAGUGGAUUCGGGGGAAAGUCAGUUCCUUCCUAGAGAUCUGAAGUUGCAGAGGAAUCUGCCAUAAUUUCCUUUUUUGGGGUUUGUGGUGUUUGUUUUCCUUGUAACCGGCGGCAGAGGCAGCCAAAAAAAAAGAAGAGAUGAUGAGAAUGAAGAAUAAACCACCGACGGCGGCCGGGGGCUCACCAGAUUCCAUGGGAGCAGAGUGGGAGAUGAGACCCGGCGGAAUGCUGGUUCAGAAGCGAAACCCGGAUUCCGAUCACAGGUCCAUUCCUCCACCGACAAUUCGGGUACGGGUCAACCUACCACGAAAUCAACAUCAGCUCUCAAGCUUCUUUCGGGGAGCUGAAGAAGAUGUUGACCGGACCGACUGGGCUACACCAUCAAGACCAGAAGCUGAUUUACAAAGACAAAGAACUUCGAACCCAGUUGAGAAAGACGGAGAGAAUUAGAGAAAUGGGACCUUGACAUCAUGAACGCCCUUGAAAUGGAGCCUGGAACCAACGUCGAAGGAGGUCUUAAUGAGCGCAUUCUGCUCUUCAACAUCGUAAUGAAUAGAGAGAUUCUUCGAGACGAG